AUGGCCGGCGGCAAAAAAAAGAAGAAGCCCGCGGCCAAUGCAGCCAGAGGCUUCGCUACGACUUCCAUUGCUUCCAAGCCACGAGUCGAGCUCACCGAGGACCCCGACGCCACCGCCGGAAAAGGAAAAGACGGCACAUUACCGGCCAAGGGAGCGGCACCACAAGAGGCGGCAGCGACAGCAACAGGCAACAUUGCCGCGGACAGCUCCGGUAGCACUGCACAGAAGACUCUGAGUCCGGAGGAGUUUGAGAGACAGCUCGAAGAAUCAGAGUUGCAGAUCCUCGUGGACAAGCACGCACAGAAGAUCCGGCGAGAUGCCCAGCGACAGAUGAACCGGCUCGAGACCGAUCGCCGGCUGCUGAGAGGACAGGCUGAGUCGAUCAACUCUAAGAAGUGGAUUCCACCAGAUCUCAUGGACCAGAUCUUGGAUCUGAUCCAGUCGGAAAGUCGAUUCGCUGGAUCCAAUGUCCCGUCCGAAAGUGCUCCAGGGGGGCGACUCCUGCCUGAGGAGGAUCUGACGAUGAAGUUGUGGACACUACAACAGACACUAAUCUCUGCAGGGUUUUCCGAAACCAAGGUCGAGAGCGUGCUGAAUUACGUUUUGCAUAUCUCCACUCAGAUUGGAGCACCAGGAAAGGACUCCAUAUGGGGUAUGGAGGAGGCGUUGGAAUGGCUCGCCCGAGAAAGCUCCCUCGACGAGCUACCAGACUACAACAAGCGGCAUGGCUCGGGAGGAAAGGGGCAAGCAGCAGACACGCCGUUAGAUGCCCCACUUUCUUCUGGGACAACGACGCCGCUGCUGCUGGCGCCUGAGAGCCAGCAGAAGAGAGGCAAGGGCGGCAAUGCACAGAGGGUGUCGAACGCUGCCUCUGCACGGCUAGCGAUAAUCAAGUACGAUGGUGACAUUGAGCCGGAGGAGCUGGUGCCAAUGUACUUUGCCGCGAAGGAGCGGCUGUUUGCUCUUGAGCGACCGCGACAAGAAUCGGCCAAGGGCAAAGCCACCAAGGUAUCGCCGACACCAGUAGAAACCGAGGCAGAGAAUGUUGAGAUCUCGAAACUUUUGGGAAAGCUGGAUCGGAUACAGAAAGACAUCCUGUUCGACAAGAGGCUAGCUGAAUUGCAGUGGCGGUCCAAGAAAAUCAUCUUAGAGCGAGAGUACGCAGAAGCAGCCAAGAGAGCUGCAGAAGAGGUGCGCAACCAGGCCGAGGAAGCAGCAGCAGUAGCAGAUACGGGCAGGGCAGAGUCCGAGGCAGACGGCGAUGUCAACGCAGAAGCCGAACGAGUGGCAGCAGAAAUUCUGGCACAGGACGACAGCGAUGACGACGGCCUUACCGAUCUCUUUGCCAGCCUGCCGGUAAACGAAGUUGAUCCGGAAACGGGCAAGACAAACAUGGUGGUGAACAAUCCGGACGGAUCGAAGCUCAUCAUCCGGGACUUUGGGAAAUGGACUGGCAUGAGUCCGGUGCGAGUGCUUGAAGAAGCAUGCAGAUCACGCGAUUCGUCAGUUCGGAUUGGCUACCAGACGGUAUCAGAGGCGUCGUUUGCGCACCGACACUUAGUGGUAAUAAAUUGGGCGAAGGCCCAAGACAUGCCACAACUGCCUCCGACUCCGCACAUUGAGGUUGCAAUGCAGCCCAGCCGGUUCGUUUUCAAGAUGUCUGGUGUCGCCUGUCCGGAAAGCAAGCAGUCGGAGGCCUUCAUAGCGACGUCGGCACUCUUUCUGAUUUUCAGCACGUCGACAAAGGAGGAAAAGGUGGCGCUGCGGCUUCCGGCCGUGUGGCGAGAUCUGUGGGCCGAGUUUGCGGAAUCGAGAAAGAACCAGGCGGAUGCGCACGACCGGGCAGCAGUCAAGGAGCUCCGCGAUCUCGUGCGGAAACGACGGGAUCAGGAGCUGGAGGACGGCGUGGUGCUCCAAGGAGCGUUCCGUGGACGAGCAGCAGGACGGAACGGCGGAGACAACGGCGAAGACUCUGGGGCAGAGCGAGGCAGUCGCGGUGGCCACGAUGCGGAGUACUACCAGCGGAUCUGGCAGGAGAAGAGCAGUACGUCACGGUACCAGGCGAUGCUGCAGUCACGGAUGCAGUUGCCGAUGUGGGCAUUUCGGCAGCAAGUACUCGACACAGUGGACCGCGAACAGGUGGUGAUUGUAUGCGGUGAGACGGGAUGCGGCAAGAGCACGCAAGUGCCGUCGUUCCUGCUGGAGCACCAGCUGUCGCAGGGGAAGCCGUGCAAGGUGUACUGCACGGAGCCGCGGCGAAUUUCGGCGAUCUCUCUGGCGCGGCGGGUGAGCGAAGAGCUAGGUGAGGGCCGAAACGAUGUGGGAACACUGCGGUCGCUGGUGGGCUUCUCGAUCCGACUGGAGGCCAACACGUCCAAGGAGACACGACUGGUCUAUGCGACGACGGGCAUUGUGAUGCGGAUGCUGGAGGGGUCGAACGAGCUGCGGGAGAUCACGCACCUGGUGCUGGACGAGGUGCACGAGCGGUCGAUCGACAGCGACUUUCUGCUGAUCGUACUGAAGAAGUUGCUGGUGCGGCGACAGGACCUCAAGGUGGUGCUGAUGUCGGCGACGGUGGACGCGGACCGGUUCUCCCAGUACCUCGGAGGGGCACCGGUGCUCAAUGUGCCAGGACGGACAUUCCCGGUGCAGGUGCGGUAUCUCGAGGAUGCGGUGGAGCUGACGGGAUACUCGGUCGAUGGGCGCAGCCAAGAGCGUGUGGUGGAUCUGGACGAUGAUUUGGUGGCAGACGAGACGGAGACGUCGUCGAAGCCGGAGCUGCUGAAGACGCUCAAGGGCUACUCGAACCGGACACGCAACACGCUGUCGCAGAUGGACGAGUAUCAGAUCCCCUUUGAGCUGGUGGUGCAGCUGAUCGGGCGAGUGGCAACAGAUCCGGAAUACGAGCGGUACAGCCGGGCGAUCCUGGUGUUCCUACCGGGAAUUGCGGAGAUCCGGGCGCUGAACGAUCUGCUGGUAGGCGACCGGGCAUUUGCGGCCGGCUGGCUGAUCUACCCGCUGCACUCGACAAUUGCGACGGAAGAACAGGAGGCGGCCUUUCUGGUGCCGCCGGCGGGCUUCCGCAAGAUUGUGCUGGCGACCAACAUUGCCGAGACGGGCAUCACGAUUCCGGAUGUCACGUGCGUUGUGGAUACGGGAAAGCACCGAGAGAUGCGAUACGACGAGCGGCGGCAACUGUCGCGGCUGAUCGACACGUUCAUCUCGCGCGCAAACGCAAAGCAGCGCCGCGGUCGAGCUGGCCGUGUGCAGGAGGGUCUAUGCUUCCACCUGUUCACGCGGUAUCGCCACGACCAGGUGUUGAGCGACCAGCAAACGCCGGAGAUGUUGCGGCUGUCGCUGCAGGAUCUAGCCAUCCGCGUCAAGAUGUGUCGGAUCGGGGCGAUCGAAGAGACGCUGGGCCAGGCUCUGGACCCGCCUUCGGCCAAGAACAUGCGGCGGGCCAUCGACGCGCUGGUGGAUGUGCGGGCGCUGACAGCUGGCGAAGAGCUGACGCCGCUGGGAAUGCAGCUCGCACGACUGCCACUGGACGUCUUCCUCGGCAAGCUGGUGCUGAUGGGGACUGUUUUUCGCUGUCUGGACAUGGCCAUCACCGUGGCUGCAGUGCUGUCGUCCAAGUCGCCGUUUGUGGCGCCGUUUGGCCAGCGCGCCCAGGCCGAUGCCGUGCGUCUAGGCUUCCGUCGCGGCGAUUCGGAUCUGCUGACGAUCUACAACGCAUAUCUGGCCUGGAAGCGAGUCUGUCAGUCGGCUGCCGGUGCGGCCAGUGGCCAGGAGUUUCAGUUUUGCCGUAAGAACUUUCUCAGCCCUCAAACCCUGGCCAACAUUGAGGAUCUCAAGGGCCAGCUGCUGGUGUCGCUAGUCGACUCUGGCUUCCUGCCGCUGACCGACGACGAGCGUCGAAAUCUCGGCCGUCUGCGCUAUGCCGGCUCCUCCGGUCGGGGUGGCCGCCGACGACAGGCCUUUUUCGACGUGCCGCAGCGUGUCAACAGCAACAGCGACGUCGACGUCGUGGCCCAGGCCGUCAUCGCCUGGAGCUUCUACCCAAAGCUGCUGGUGCGCGAUGCCGGUGGUGGCGGCACCGGCCUGCGCAACAUUGGCAACAACCAGACCAUCCGGCUGCACCCCUCGAGCGUCAACAGGGGCCGCAACGACCUGCACUGGCUGUCGUACUACCACAUCAUGCAGGCCAAGUCUGUGUACAAUGCCCACGAGACCACCGCUGUCGAGGCCCUGCCGAUUGCCCUCCUGUGCGGUGACCUGCGAUGUGAUAUGUUCUCGGGCGUCCUCAUCCUAGACGGCAACCGCGCUCGCUUUGCCGCACCCGACUGGAAGACCCUGCUGGUCAUCAAGGUCCUGCGUGCUCGUCUGCGCGAGAUGCUGUCGCGCGCUUUCAAGAUGCCCGGAAAGCUGCCCACCGCCCAGCACGAGAAGUGGUUCGCCGUCUGGCAGCGCAUGUUCUCCCAGGACUUUGGCUCCGAGUCCACCAACGGUGCCGGCCCAUCAAAGACCUGA